AUUAUUACUGCUUAAUUUUCUUACUUUAUCUUGAGACAAAUGGGUAGGAUUGACCCUAGCAGAGGAUGAUCUAGUUAAAUAUUUUUUCUUCUUCAGAAUAACUUGUAAUUUUGUAGGAAGCGUGAGUGUUCGUGGCUGCAAUGGCAUGCAAUGUAAUCAAUUUGUUAGCUUUAUAGUGAGUUAUGAGAAAAAGGAAAUCUAUUCGAGACGCAGGAAAAAGAAUGUCAGUGAUUAUAUAACUAGGGCAAAAUAGCUAAGGGGCUGAGAAGCGACGAGCGGGUACGCUUGGAACGGGUAAGGGGUGGGGGGUGUCACUGCAAGUAUUACGACCGAAAGCAAAGGGAUGCGCGCGCAGAUCCGCGGGGGCGGGCGGUGCACGGUCGAUAGCGCACCUCGCUCAGUGCCGAGCGGCGGCGCCCCGAGCACAGUGAUCAGCUCGCCCUGACCGAGUCCGUGGCCAUCCGCGUGUUGCCAUGAAGCAACCCAGAUCUAAUAAAAUAAACUCAUAUAAUGCUAAAAUUACCCAAAGGUCUUAAAAAGAAGAAAAAGGGUAAAAAGUCUAAGCGUAAAGGAGAGGAAGAACUUUUUACAGAAGAAGAAUUAGAAAAGUAUAGAAGAGAACAUCAACAGCAACAAACUGAAAGUGGAGAUGCUGCCGUAAAGGAGAAUGAAGAGUGGUCGAAAUUCAAAGAUUUGACAACAGGAAUAGAUUCUGUACUUAAGAAAACUCAAGGUGAUUUGGAUCGAAUAAAAUCUACUUCAUUCUUUCAACGCGUUCCACCUAAAGAGGAGGAGCCGUAUAUCAAGGAAGUUCCCACGAGGCCUGUUGUAGAAGUUACUGAGGCAGAUUUCCCACAACUUGCACAAUCUACCACUGAUGCUGAUGAAGAUAAAAGUGACUACGGAUUAACUGAUGAAGAGUCAGAGGAAGAGGAACAGGACGACAUCUUCGACACUUCUUACGUGGAAGCCGUUGAACGCGGAGAAGUAAAACUAGCUUACGUACCGGACUCGCCUGAAGAAUUUCAAGAUGAUGGAUUGUUUGACACAUCUCAUGUCGAAGCGUUAAUCAAAGGACAAGACAUCAAGAGUAAAGGGGACAAAAAGACCUUAGAUAUUGGAGUCGCCGUUGAAGUUCUUACGGGUCGCAUUGAUAAUUUAACGGUCACAUCCAAAAAGCGCAAACGAAUUAUUCCUGGAGAUCUCUUAUUAGAGAGUGUUGACUCAGAAAUACCGGUAGUUGCAAAAACUACCGAUGAUGAACCAAUAGAAUCAAGUAUUUUAGAUGCUGAUACUGACAUUCCUAUUACAACACCAAUCGAUCUGAGUGUAUCCCUCCAUACGUCACUUAUACAACAAAAUAAAAGCAUCACUAAAGAAAAUAUUUCUGACCUUGCUAACGGCGACUCAAAAAAAACAAAAACUGACGAAGACGAAGAUGAUGAGUUUACAUUAUUAGCAACAGAAUCACUUGAAACGAAACCUCAAGUAUUAAAACUAGAAGAAAAAGAAAUUAAAGUCGAACCUGUCAUUAAAGAAUCGUGGUCGGCUUUUGAAGCCGACAAAAACGAGUCUGUUUUUGCUGAAGGCAUUGUUGAAGACCAAAUUGAAAUAUUAGAUCCAUACUUAGAUCAAGACGAUCCUUUUGACACUAGUUUCGCUGAUUCUGUGAUACCGACUACACAAUCAAUACAAAUUGAAACAAAACCCACCAUAUUAGAAGACGACGAAGACUUUGAUCCUCGCGCGGAAGAAGUUCGUGAAAAAUUAAAUAACCGACGUAAAUCAUCAGUGAGAAUACAUUUAACAAAUCCUUUGGGCGUAAGAGAAUCUAUUACGUCGGAUGAUAUCAUUGACACUGGAAUAAAUAAAGUACCACGUGAUUUAUUAGGAGGAAGUAGUACUGAUUUAAGUCAGUUAGGGGAUUCGCCUCUAGAUCCAUUGGAUGCUAACAAUUCUGAUAUAGAUCCGUUUGACACUACCAUUGUUGACAAAGUCGUAGCACCAGGAAAAGUAGAACUAAAAUUAUUGGAACAAGAGUUAAUAGGUGCCACGCAAUCCGUAAUCUAUCGCGUGCCCAGUGAUCCGGAUUUCGAUCCACGAGCUGACGAGCCUAAACAACAGGAGCGAAGAGCGUCGCGACCAGAGAAUCUUACUGUUAGUAAAAGUGUGGUAUUUAAUGUUGAUGGUGUAGAAAGUACUAAUGUUGAUUCCAAAUCUAAGCCAAUUAAGCCUUUAACUCCAUAUUACACAAAAGAGCUUUCAAUAUCAGAGGACAUAAAUGAGAGUGGGGAACUUAUUGACAGAAUUAACGAAGAAUUGAGUCGAACUCGCUCUGACGAAGAUUUGACAAACAAUAUAAAAUACGUAACUAAAAGACGUCAUUCAGAAUAUCCUCAACUAAAAGGCACAAAAAAUAAUUUUAACACAACUGAUCUCUUUAAUACUGGCAAUUUUGAAAUACAAGCUAAAGUACUUACACCUUCGGGACUGCAGUUAGAACAGGGCAACGUUCAGGAAGUUGAAGAAGAUCCUUUUGAUACUUCUUUUGCGUCUAAUAUUAAACCAAGUAAAACAGAAUUGAAACUAUUGGCCAAAGAAUUCGAUGUCGAAGAUUCUAAAGUAAUUUCUGAAUCUGAAGGUGAUCACUUUUUAGAGACAUCAGACGAUAUUUUCCAAGUUAAAGCUCUUACACCACAACCUGUAGGUUUAUCGCAAUCACAAGAGAACUUUGACCCUUUUGAUACUUCUUUUGCAACGGCUCUAAAUCCGGGAAAAACAGAAUUAAAUAUGAAUGAGCCAACGGCUCCGGCAACGACAGAUGUACUUAAUCCUUUUAUGAUGGCCGACAUUGAAUCGUCAGCGUUAACGGGAGACAAUCCUUUCGUGGCUAGCAAUCCGUUCUCAGACUUUGCAGAAAGUUAUGAGCCACCUGCCGGUGAUAUAGUUCCUACUGAUAUUUUUGGAGGAGAAAGCCCAACAAAUUUGGGCGCUAAAAACUUUGAUAAUACUCCAAUGGAUAUGUUUAUAGGUCAACAGGAAUCAGAAAAGUUUACAAAACCAACAGAAUUAGAUUUGGUCUCUACCAAAGUGGAUUCGCCUAGUCCAACUAUAAGUGAAACGUGCAAUCGUGAUCCACCUGCCCAUUCACUUCCUCCUGAAACACAAAACUUAAUUUUAAGUGUGACCGGUCAAAUGGAAUUUGCCAGUACUCACUUACUCGAUCGCAUUCCACCAACCCGAACACCCAGUCCGGUAUCGGUGCGAGAUAUUCACUCUCCGAGCCCUACGCCUGAGCCGGAGUUCCAAGAGGAGGGAGAAACGAUUGAAAAUGACGAUAGCAAAAAUAAGCCAGCAAGGCCGCCACCGGCACGACCCCCGAGGCCAGCGCCGCCUAGCGUCGUGCCCCCGCGACCUCAGGCACCGCCUAGCGCCGUGCCCCCACGACCCGAGGCGCCUCCAAGCGUCCCGCCUCCGCAACAGGCAAUGCCAUCGGAUGACAUAAACCUUUUUGAUGCACCUGUCCCUAUAGUCACAAAAUCAACAAAGGAAGACAUUUUAAGUUUGUAUUCCGCACCGAAAAAAGAAGAAAAACAAAUCGAUUUCUUAAGUGGUGAUUUAGAAGAUAUCCAUCCAGACUCGUGUACGGAAAUGCAGCCUUCAAAAAGUACAAUUACAACAAUAAAUUCCACAUCGUCAAUGUUUCAACAUAGCAUCGUGAACACUGACAAUGUAAUGGAUGAAACUACUGUUCCUAUGGAUUGCUCGGAACCCAUGGAUAUAUCACAAACAAACACUUCACCUUUCAUGGAAGAUAUUGAGGAAAACUUUCAAGAAUUGACGGAAUAUGAAAAAAAUCCAUUCGAAACUGAGGAACAAAUCACUGACGAUUUGCCAAGCUUUGGUAAUGGUGUCUCUGAUAUUUUUUCAUCACAAGCUGAAGACGUUUUUAUGGCAUCGAAUACUGAGGUUCUGCAUCAAGAAAAUCAAGCGGUUGUAAAAGUCCAACUCACAGAAAAAUUCCCAGGAGCAGAACAAAAAAUAUAUGUGGAAUCUGAAGGAGGACCAGGGGUCAAUGAGGAGGUCGCCUUUGAUACGGAUAUUAGUCACGUAGAGGGCAAAAUAGGUGUUCCGUCCACUUCUGACCUCGGCUGGGAUACUUCCGAAACUAUGGUACAUGAGUCUAGUCAACCGUCCGAGGAUGCGUUCGACGCGUUUUCCGCUAAAUUUGAAUCUGCAACCCCCAGCCACAUGCACACGGAUGCGUGGGGCGACAAUGGAGGCGAGGAGGCGGCACCGGGCGGUUUCGAGGCGGAAGCUUUUGAUCCCUUCCUGAGUAUGCAGGCGCCACCGCCCGCCGCCACGCCUUGUCUUAACCGCCAGGGGUCACGAGACUCCGCGGAUGAUACGUUCUCCGUAUUUAUUAGACCCAAAGAUGACACAGGCGGAGCAGAGUCGGCGGUGCCCGUGCUGGCCCCGCCACCACGCCCACACGCGCUGCCCGACUCCCCGCGCACCAACCCCUUCGACAAGGGCGAAGUUGAACUGCAGGCCGAAAUCGACACGCAAUUUGAAGAUAGCCGUCGGCGUUCGGGUGGUGGCGGGGAGACGCCGCCCACGCCUUUGUUUGACGAGGACGUAUCGGCGCCGCUGGAGGACUUCCCGCGCACCACGUAUACUGGCCCGGGCUGGGAGAUGCACCUCCGACAGCCCAAUAAGAAAAAAAUCACCGGUCAAAGGUUCUGGAAGAAAAUGUUCGUGCGGCUGGUGUAUGUGGGCGAGUCGCCGGCCGUGCAGUUGCUGGGCUCUGCGGCGGACAAGGAGCCGCUGCAAGAGCUGCCGCUGCAGGCUUGCUACUCAGUGUCUGACGUCGGCGCGCAGCAGUUCGACCAGUUCGGCAAGAUUUUCACUGUCAAGCUGCAGUACGUCUUCUACAAAGAGCGCCCCGGCGUCAGGCCGGGGCAGGUGACGAAGGCGGAGCGCAUCACCAGCAAGUUGUCACAGUUCGCGGCAUACGCCAUGCAAGGCGAUUACCAGGGGGUCAAGGAGUUCGGCAGCGACCUGCGCAAGCUGGGCCUGCCCGUCGAGCAUGCGCCGCAGGUGUCGCAGCUGUUUAAGCUGGGCUCGCUGAGCUACGAGGACGUGAAGCAGUUCUCGUGCUGCGUAGAGGAGGCGCUGUUCCGGCUGCCCGCGCAUCGCGACCGCGCGCUCACCUACAAAAUGGAGGAGGUGCAACUGACUGCGGUGGACGAGCUGUACGUGGAGCAGGACGCGGAGGGCGGCGUGUUGAAGCAGAUAGCUCGCGUGCGGAUCUUCUUCCUCGGCUUCCUGAGCGGCAUGCCGGACGUGGAAGUGGGGCUGAACGACCUGCGGCGGCAGGGUCGCGAGGUGGUGGGCCGCCAUGACAUCAUCCCCGUUGCCACCGAGGAGUGGAUCCGCGUCGAGAACGCAGAGUUUCACGCCUGCGUUCAGCCGCACGAGUUCGCCGAAUCACAGAUACUCAAGUUCAAGCCGCCGGACGCGUGCUACAUAGAGCUGAUGCGGUUCCGUGUGCGGCCGCCCAAGAAUCGCGAGCUGCCGCUGCAGCUAAAGGCGGCCUGGUGCGUCGCCGGCAAUAAGGUGGAGCUUCGCGCAGACGUGUUGGUGCCGGGGUUCGCGUCGCGCGCGCUAGGACAGGUGCCUUGCGAGGACGUCGCCAUCCGCUUCCCGAUCCCCGAGUGCUGGAUAUACCUGUUUCGUGUAGAGAAGCACUUCCGCUACGGCUCCGUGAAGUCUGCGCACCGGCGCACCGGCAAGAUAAAAGGCAUAGAGCGGUUCCUGGGCGCCGUGGACACGCUCCAGGAGUCCUUGAUCGAGGUGACGUCGGGACAGGCCAAGUACGAGCACCAGCACCGCGCCAUCGUGUGGCGCAUGCCGCGCCUGCCCAAGGAGGGCCAAGGCGCGUACACAACGCACAACCUUGUGUGCCGCAUGGCGCUCACCUCGUACGACCAGGUGCCGCCGGAGCUGGCGCCGCACGCCUUCGUCGAGUUCACCAUGCCGGCGGCGCAGGUCAGCCACACCACGGUGCGCUCCGUCUCGCUGCAGAACCACGACGGAGACCCGCCCGAGAAGUACGUGCGCUACCUCGCGCGCCACGAGUACAUCGUGGGCAUCGAGAGGACGAGCGGACAGGCGGCGCCGGCGUACGCGCUGGCGGCCGCCGCGCCCGCCGCUCCGCCCGCCGCAUCGCCCGCCGCUGCGCCCGCGGGCCCAGAACGCGCCCCUUCCUCCGACUCGGACUCCGACUAAGUUCACUGAGCAGGAAACGCUGCGCACCGAGCUACAACCUGCGCUACAAGACUACUGGUCUCCGCACCGCACCAGGCCGCCUCUGUACCUGUUGCUAAGCAACCCGUCGCCCAAUGCACGAAUGCAAAUUGUCACUAUAAGAAUAUCAUGUAUGAUUUUCUACGUGGCAGGUUAUGAGAUAUGAUGCAUUCUGUUUGUAAUAAUUUUCUUCACUGCUAUUGAGAUUACUGCCGCAAACAUAGUAUUGACGUCAACGUACAUUUUUUACCUUAAAUAAAAAUAUUGUAGUUGUAGGCUUGUGGUGCGGUGUGCGGCCGUAUAGCGUAGUAUGCCACGUAGCACGUGACCGGGCUCGUGUCAAUGUUGUGUUGUUGUUUCAAGAGUUACACUGUGUAAUCAAUAUUUUUGUACCCACGUUCCCCUUUACCUAAAACAUUGUAUCGUUACGAUUGUGAAUGCCAAUAAAAGCUAUUGCUGGCGGCAGAUGUCUUUCGGCGCUGCCGCGUGGUGUCUUCACACGACGGACACCGCUAUUAUAUAAGAGUAUUUUAUAAUAAUACCUUAAAAAUGUUGUCAGAAGUAUAGAAUAUAUGAUAGGCUGGUUGAAGCGGUCGUCGGCGCCGGAGCGACGCGGUGCGGUGAGGCCUGGUGCGGCCUGGCGCGGCUUGCCGGCGGCCGCUCUGUGUUGUAGCGUAGUAUGUUAGUACUGAUAGCAAACAACAAGAAAUUCGUGCAAUGUCAAACUGAACUGUAUGUAAGUAAUAUAGUAUGUAUGUUAUGAUAUUAAUGAGUUUACAAUGUUGUAGCGAGCGCAGAGUUUGACUUUCUCUAGUCUAUUUCGUCAGUGUUCCCAGAUCACAGUUCAAAGUUACGUAGUGAAAUAUAUAUUUAUGUAGCAGAUAUUAGUGAAACUAUAAAUAUUCGCAUAUGACUAUAACAUAAAAUGUAUAUACGUUACGGUUUUCCUAAGGUAUUGUAUGUGUUUAGUGCAGGCAGGUAGCGCACCCUCUCCUCUUGCACCCCUCCACCGGAGGUCAAAUAUGUAUUCGUACUGGAGAGAAAUGAUGCGACAGUGGGAUGCGGUGGGGUGUCCCCCCUCCAUGGCAUGCCUGCCCUGUUGUCGAUUGUAUACAUAUACCAUACCGUGUAUUAUAUUAAUAAUACUUAUGCAUUAUCAAAUCUAUAAUAUAUGAGCUCAAACUGCUAUUAUACGUAAUAAAGUUUUCGGUCUUCAGCAAAAUGUUACCUCUCGUAUAAAUUAUUUAAAAUGUAGAAAUAUUACACAUACAGACAGGUCUUUAAAUUCUAUGAUAUUCAUCAGUUACAAUCCUAUAGGAUGGCCAGCGGGCCGGCGGCGGCGAGGCGGCGGCGAGGUGGCGGGCUCGCCUCGUCCUACCAUUGUUUUGUUGUCAAUAAACACAUGU